GUGAAUGUGUUGAUUGAAAGCGAUAGCAUAAUGCUGUUGGAAUUCAUUUUGAAUUUUAUUAUGGACUGAUCUUUGCUUGACUCGAGGUAGAAUUCGUUUUCAUUUCCCACUAAAUUGUGCUUAAAAAUAAACGAACAUUUUUUUCCCUAAAAGUACUGUGUUAUGUGCCUGUUACCUUAAAGUAAUAUGUGAUUCUAUAUCAUGAUGUUGCAAUAAUCUGGACUAUUAAGGAAGCAUUUAUCUCUCUUUCAAAUUCUUGAUUAAGAUAUUUAUUAAACUAUUAUAAUCGAAAUAAUGUCAGCUUAUUCUAAUAAUCCUGAAAAUUCGCUCAAGCGAGCCAAUGAGUUUAGAGAACUUGGAAAACACGAUGAAGCAUUAACAUGUUUGUAUGAUAUUCUUAAAAAUCGUAAGAACAGGCUGCUGAAAAAUGUUCAUGAAAAUAUAAUUCAUAAUUAUUUGGAAAUAUGCGUUGAUCUGAAGAAAAGCCAAGCUGCUAAAGAUGGAUUGUACUUGUAUCGAUCAGUAUGUCAAGGUGUAAAUAUUAAAUCUUGGGAAAACUCAUUGUAUGAAUAUCUUCAGAAUGCUGAAGUAAAAACCGAGCAUGCUAAAGAAAUUUCUCAAGCUACUCUGUUUGACUCCGAGGCUUUAGAUUUAACUGUUACUCCGGAACAUUUGUUGAAGUAUGUAAGUUCUGAGGAUGCUCAAGAUAGAACUGAAAGAAUUGUGCUUCUUCCUUGGGUUAGAUUUUUAUGGGAAAGUUAUCGCAUAUGCUUGGAGCUUCUUCGGAAUCCACAGAUGGAAAAGCUUUUUCACAAAAUUGCUCAGAGAGCUCUUGCUUUUUGUGUAAAGUAUUCCCGUAAGGCUGAAUUACGUAAAUUGUGCAAUCUUUUAAGAACUCAUAUAGCCCAUAUACAUAAACAAGUUGAAAUGCAUUUCAGAAUUCAUGAUCCCGAAAUUCAGAUGUUAUAUUUGGAAACUGGUAUAUUUCAACUUGAGUGUGCUGUACAAAUGGAACUUUGGCUGGAUGCGUUCAAAGCGAUUGAAGAUAUACACCUUUUCCUUAGUUUAACAAAAAAACUGUUAAAUUCACGUAUUAUGGCAGUUUAUUAUGAAAAAGUAUCUUUGGUAUUUUGGAAAGCAAAUGAUUAUUUAUUUCAUGCGGCUGCUGUUUUACGUCAAUUCCUUCUUGUGCGGGAGCUAAAGAAAAACUUACCAGCGGACGAAAUGUCAGUUAUGGCUGCUCGCGUUGUACUUGCAAUAUUGUCAGUACCUUUCGCUGUUGAUAAUCCCUCAGUAGAAUUGAUUAUUGAAACAGAUGACUCUGUGAUCCAUAAAAAGCAGCGAUUGUUAGCAACCCUGCUGGAUUUGCCUUGCCGCCCAACUCGAAGUUUAUUAAUAAAAGAUUUGGAACGCCAUGGCAUUAUACACUAUACGCCCGCAAUUGUACAAAAAUUAUUUUAUACUUUCGAAUUUAAUUUUUUACCUUUAUCACUUCCAUCACUUAUUGAACAAACUAGUAGUCUUAUUGAUAAUGAUAUCUGUUUCCAUAAUUUAAAGCAAUACAUGCUUCCAGUUCGUGAUUUUGCAAUAAUUAAACUUAUAUCAGAUUUAUCCAAAGUAUACAAGUGUAUAACAUUUACGAAGUUAUUAUCUUUGCUUCCAGCUGUUGAUGAAUAUUAUUUUGAGAGAUUAAUUGUGGAUUCUGCAAGAAGGUAUAAUUUUUCUUUAAAAAUUGAUCAUAAUAGUAAGUGCUUGCACUUUUAUAAUAACAUGAGUAUUUUUCGAAAUAAACAAAAUCUCGAAUGCAAUGAAACUCAUAAACUUUUCUACGACGGAAAUCUAAAUCAUUUGGCUAUUAUCCAUUCUUCUCUGAUUCAAAUAAAUAAAUGCCUUUCAUCACAAGAUAUAAAAAUUAAAAGCCAGAAAAUACGUUCAAAAAUAGUUAACAAUUAUAUUAUAACGCGGGAUACGGAUCAUAAGAAAACCUUACAGCGCAAGAAACUUAUUGAAAAACACAAAGAAGCAAUUGAAAAUUUGAGAAUAAGAAAAGAAGAGGAAGAGAGGAAACAUCACGUUCAGACACAGCUGAAGUAUAUAGCAGCGGAAAAAGAACGGCUCUUGAAAGAAGCCGAAGAAAGAAACGUGCAAAGACUUCUUCUCCAAAAAGAAGAAAUAAAACGGAAGAUCUUCCUUGAAAAAAUGGAAGUACUGAAACAAACCCAAAUAGGAUGUCAGUUAAUUGAGAAUCUCGAUUUUAGUAACCUUGAUACCCUGGAUCCAGAAGUUUGGUUGUCCAAACAAAUUGAACUUUUCACUCGGGAAAGAAAAGAAUUUUUAUCUCGUUUACGGAGGCAAGAAAAGACUGUAGAUUAUAUAGAAAGAGCUAAGCGAAUGGAAGAACUACCAUUACUUAUUUUAGAAUAUGAAGAAGAGAAGAUCACUUGCCGUGAGGUAUGGGAACAAGAUGAGAGAACCAGAAUUGAAACUGCCCACAAAGAACGAGAGCGCGAUGUUAAAAAAAGAGAAAAAAUUCUGAAAGUAAAGAAGGAUUUAGAUGAUUUUAUUCUGAAGGUUCAGAAAAGGCACAGAGAUGAUUAUAAGAAAUGUAUGGAAGAUUUCUUGGUGAUCCUGAAUUCAGAAAAACAGAAGCGAAUGGAGCAAAGAGCUCUUAGUAGGAAAGUGCAGAGACGAAUUGCUUGGGUAGAAAAUCAAUCGCGGAUAUUGAAGCAAAAAAAAUACAAGCAAAGCAAAGUCGCAAUUAAUACCAGUGACCAAGCAGUCUUUCUAGAUAACAAAAAUAAAUUAAAGACGGCUGAGAGUGGAUUACAAGCUGAGCUUAGAAGUAAACAGAGUGGCCAGGAAGAAUAUGUAUUAAACCAUGCAAAAAAUUAUUAUAUUUCUAAAGAAAGUGAAGAACUGAAGAAGAUCUCUAGUGAAAGAGAAAAGCCUCAAACUAGUACCGAAGAAACAAGCAGUAUUCGGGAUAUAAGAUUUAAAUCAAAAUUUCACAAUGAGACAUCAAAAGAGCAAAAUACUCAAUCAUUAUACGUGCUAAAACGUUUUGAAAUGUUAAGUGAUGACAAUGUAAGACCGCGCGUUUAUAACUAUCUUCGUCCACGAAUAUUUAAACUUGAGAAAGCAAAAAAUGUAUUGACUAAAGACCGUAGUGAAGAUGUUCAGCAGAGAAAUUUGAGAUACGAUGAUAAAACUCAGCAGAUCCAAUUUUCAUCUUUCAGAGCACCUAUAGAAAAGAAAAAUAAUACGUUUCCCAUAUGCGAAGAACGAGUUAAAAAUCAAGACAAACUUGAGUGGCGAAGACAAAACCUUGAAUCUGUAGAUCAGUCCCAAAGAUCGGCAUCUAGAGAAAAGACAAACCGUUGUGAAAGAACUUCUUUUGAUAGCAAUGAAAGACAGAAAUCUGUUUUAAGAUAUUCUUGCACACCUUGGGCAAAGAGUAGUCGUAAAGAAGGUAAUGCUUGAUGAUAUAUCCAAAUAUUUCUGACUGUAGCUAGAAUUUUUUUCCCUUCUCAGUAUGUAAGCAGUAAUAUCCAAUGUUCAAAUAUUUCGUUAAGUUAGUAUUUUUAAGAAUUAGUAACUCGUAUAUAUUAAUAACAAACAUUAGUAUGUACAAAUGAUCAAAAUAUUAAAGUGCUUGAUUAAUAAGUUGUUUAUUAAAAUUCCGAAAGUUCAUGUAAAUGUUGCAUUAGUUCUGUAUGUAGAACAUAAGUUUCGAACUAUCUAAGAAUGUAGUAAUGUCAUAUUAUAGAAAAUAAGUUAGCUUGAUUUUCAAUAAAAUGUGAA